AUGGCAUUUGUUUUGGCAGAAACCCCCGCAGGUUACGCUCUCUUGAAGGCAUCCGAUAAGAAGAUCCAUAAAUCAUCGUCGUUGAUUGAGGAUUUGAACACUUUGGAAAAAGUCACCGAACAGUUCAAAAUACACAAAUUUGAAAAGUUCCAAAGUGCGGCGAAUGCGUUGGAAGAAGCAAACGCAAUCAUGGAAGGUAAAGUCUCCGGCAACUUGCGCAAGUUGUUGGAAGAGUCGAAAGCUGACAAAAAGGCAACGUUAAUCGUUUCAGAGACAAAGUUGGGAAACGCCAUCAACAAAUUGGGGUUGAAUUUCCAAGUUGUUUCUGACGCCGCAUCGUUAGACUUGCAUAGAGCCAUCAAGGAAUUUUUGCCUGAAUUGUUACCUGGACUAGAUAAGUCGGCCUUGAAUCAGAUGUCGUUGGGUUUGGCUCAUUCCAUUGGUCGUCACAAGUUGAAAUUCUCCGCCGAUAAGGUCGACACCAUGAUAAUACAAGCCAUUGCUUUAUUAGACGAUUUGGAUAAAGAACUCAACACCUACGCCAUGAGAUGUAAAGAGUGGUACGGAUGGCAUUUCCCCGAGUUGGCCAAGAUGAUCACCGACUCUGUUGCUUACGCUAGAAUCAUCUUGACCAUGGGUGUUAGAUCCAAUGCCUCGGAAGUUGACUUGUCGGAAAUCUUACCGGAAGAAAUCGAAGAGCAAGUCAAGACAGCCGCCGAAGUUUCCAUGGGCACUGAAAUCACUGAGACCGAUUUGGACAACAUCAAGGCGUUGGCCGAACAAAUUGUUGAUUUUGCCGCGUACAGAGAGCAAUUGUCCAACUAUUUGAGUUCGAGAAUGAAGGCUAUUGCACCAAACUUAACUGCCAUGGUUGGCGACUUGGUUGGCGCUAGAUUCAUUGCUCAUGCAGGUUCCUUGACUUCGUUGGCUAAAGCACCGGCUUCAACUAUUCAAAUCUUGGGAGCAGAAAAGGCCUUGUUUAGAGCUUUAAAGACAAAACACGACACUCCAAAGUAUGGUAUCAUAUAUCAUGCUUCGUUGGUUGGCCAAGCUUCCGGUAAAAACAAAGGUAGAAUCGCCAGAACUUUAGCUGCCAAAGCUGCUCUUUCUGUUAGAUACGAUUGUUUUGACGAGGAAAGAGACGACUCGGAUACUUUUGGAUUGGAAAACAGAAGCAAGAUAGAAAGCAGGUUGAGCAAAUUGGAAGGCAGAGAUAUGAGAACAACUUCGAAAGUCGCUAGACAACAGGGCAAGAUUGAGUUGACCGAAGCAAGAGCUUACAAUGCAGAUGCAGAUGCACCAACUGCAGCCGCCCCCGUGGAUUCAGAUGACGAUGAAUCAGAAACCGAGGAAGUUGAAGUCGAAGAAAAGGUAAAGGAGGACAAGAAAUCAAAAAAGGACAAGAAGGACAAGAAGGAAAAGAAGGAAAAGAAGGAAAAGAAGGAAAAGAAGGAAAAGAGCAGUAAGAAAGAAAAGAAGGACAAGAAAAGGAAAAGAGACGAAGAUGGCGACGAAGCUGAAACUUCUUCGAAACUGAAAAAGGACAAGAAGUCGAAAAAAUCGAAAAAUGAAGAUUAG